GCUCGUGAGUGCAGUUCGGGCUGUUGUCCAGGCGGCUGCGCACGCUGCCGUACCGGCCGCAGUAUAUAAAGGCGGUCACGGUUAGAGACCACAACAGUGAAGUCGCUCAACGCGUAAUAACGUAUAUCACCCUGAAGUAGUCACACACUCCUUUUCACCGCCGGCAUCCGCGUCCCCUCAGUAGCUGGAGGAGAGGGGGGUCCAGCGCGGGGUGACACAGCGAGGAGCGACCAGCAUGGACCCCCAAGCGAAAGAUCGCACCAGCCCGGCGGCGGGGGGCUUCAGCAGUCGCCCGGCCUCUCUUGGAGCCGACGGGGGUGACUCUGAGUCCGGAGCCGGCUCGGAAGAGGCUGCCGUGGGCUGCUGCAGCGAUACGUUCAGCAGCCUGCCCGACAUGGAGCAGGAGACUCUGGAGGAGAAAUUAAGGGGACUGGCGUUCAGAAAACAGACGUCGUAUCGGAAAGCGAUCUCCCGCUCAGGCCUCCAUUACCUCGGCCCACCUCAGCCCUCGCUUCCUCCUGCGUCCAAUGGCCCCAGCAAGGAGCUACGCACCUGCGUGGACUGGACGGAGAACGCAGUGAACGGGGAUCACCUGUGGAUGGAGACGAGCUGCUCGGGAGAGCUCUGUUAUCUCGGAGAGGACGCCUGCCUGCUGAAGACAGCUAAGUCGGCCCCCAGGAGGAAAUGUGCAGCCUGUAAGAUCGUUGUUCACACCGGCUGCAUGGAGCAACUAGAAAAGAUAAACUUCCGGUGUAAGCCGACCUUCAGAGAGGGAGGAUCCCGAUCACUCCGAGAUAACGUCCUCAGACAUCACUGGGUCCACAGGCGACGACAAGAGGGGAAAUGCAGACAGUGUGGCAAGAGUUUUCAGCAGAAGUUCUUCCACAGUAAAGAAAUCAUCGCAAUAAGUUGUUCAUGGUGCAAACAGGCCUUCCACAACAAGGUGACGUGUUUCAUGCUACACCAGAUAGAGGAGCCCUGUUCACUGGGGGCCCACGCCGGCGUCAUAGUACCACCCUCCUGGAUCAUCAAAGUCAGAAAACCACAGAGCUCCCUAAAGAACUCUGCCAGAAGAAAAAAGCGGACAUCUUUCAAACGAAGGACAAGCAAGAAGGGAUUAGAUGAGUCUAAAUGGCGUCCGUUCAUGUUGAAGCCUCUCCCGUCUCCUCUCAUGAAGCCCAUCUUGGUUUUUGUGAAUCCAAAGAGUGGAGGCAACCAGGGUGCCAAAGUGUUACAGAUGUUUAUGUGGAUUUUGAACCCUCGUCAAGUCUUCGACCUUUCGCAGGGUGGACUGCGCGAGGCGUUGGAGUUGUAUCGUAAAGUGCCAAAUCUGAGGAUCCUUGCCUGCGGAGGUGACGGCACGGUGGGGUGGAUCCUGUCUGCUCUCGAUGAGCUGCAGAUGAAUCCCCAGCCUCCAGUCGCUGUGCUUCCUCUGGGAACAGGAAAUGACCUCGCCAGGACGCUCAACUGGGGUGGGGGCUACACGGAUGAGCCGGUGUCCAAGGUUUUGUGUCAUGUGGAGGAUGGUUCGGUAGUGCAGCUGGACAGGUGGAACCUCUUAGUAGAGAAGAGCUCUACUCAGCCAGAGGAGGGCACACAGAAGCUGCCCUUGAAUGUGUUCAACAACUACUUCAGCCUUGGCUUCGACGCACACGUCACCCUCGAGUUCCACGAGUCCAGAGAGGCCAACCCAGAAAAGUUUAACAGUCGCUUCCGCAACAAGAUGUUCUAUGCAGGAGCUGCGUUCUCAGAUUUCCUCCAGAGGAGCUCCAGGGAUUUGUCCAAGCACGUCAGAGUGGUGUGUGAUGGUACAGAUCUAACUCCCAAGAUCCAGGAGCUGAAAUUCCAGUGCAUAGUGUUUCUAAACAUUCCCAGGUACUGUGCUGGCACCAUGCCGUGGGGAAACACAGGAGACCAUCGAGACUUUGAACCUCAGCGGCACGACGACGGCUGCAUCGAGGUUAUCGGCUUCACCAUGGCCUCGCUGGCAGCGCUGCAGGUUGGAGGUCAUGGAGAGAGACUUCACCAGUGCAGAGAAGUUGUCCUCACUACCUACAAGACCGUACCUGUUCAGGUGGAUGGUGAGCCAUGUCGACUGGCUCCAUCAACUCUCCGCAUCUCCCUUCGAAAUCAGGCCAACAUGGUCCAGAAGAGCAAGAGACGCACCUCUGUGCCCCUGCUCAACGAUAUUCAGAAGGUGUGUGCAGCUGAUCUGCGCCGCCUCUCUGCUCCCCCCGACUCCUUCUCUGUUCCUCACGCAGUUCCAGAUCGUCUGCGUCUCCGAGUGAACCGGAUCAGCCUCCAGGAGUACGACAGGCUGCAGUAUGACAAAGAGCGGCUACGAGACAUAUCCAUCCCUGUUGGCAUAGUGGUGGUGAGGGGGGACUGUGACCUGGAGACAUGCAGACUUUAUAUUGACAGAUUACAAGAGGAUUUACACCAGGCGCCAUCUACUGGCCACAGAGUGCACUACCAGGAUGAAAGCAGAGGUGUCCCCCGGACCAGUUCAACCAGCAGACUGUCUCCCAACUGGAGCUUCUUGGAUUCCACAUCAGCCGACCGCUUUUAUCGCAUCGACAAGGCUCAGGAGCAUCUCCACUUUGUGACAGAAAUCUGUCAGGAUGAGGUGUUCAUCCUGGACCAUGAAGCACCAGUGGUGAACCAGGGCUCGUCCACGGGGAUGCCUGAUCUGGUGGUGGAGCCCACCGCUGGUGUGCCGCUGACAUCAGACGAGCAAGCUCUGCUGACGGCUGCCAGCUCCGGGGAUCUUUCUACGCUCUCGGAGUGUGUGCAUCGAGGCGUCAGCUUGUUGGUCAGAGACUCCGGAGGUCGUUCGGCGUUACAUUUAGCCGCCCAGAACGGACGCACAGACCUGGUCCGCUACAUAUUACAACAAGGCUCAAAGGUUCUUCUGGAUCUAACGGACACAGAGAAAGGUGACACUGCAUUGCACAAAGCAGCCUCAGAGAAGCAGCACGCAGUAUGUCGACUUCUGGUGGAGGCCGGGGCAUCGCUAGAGAAGACCAAUUUCCAGGGGAAGACGCCGGCAGACCAAGCGGAGGGAAACUCGGAGCUCGCCGCCUACCUGAGCUCGUCGUCUGCGAGCCACGAAGACCUGGAGACGGCCGUCUGAGGCGCGCUUGUGUACACGCACGCACACUCUGUGUCUCUCUGGACUGUGCGCACACUCCACGUGGAGAGGAAAACGUUUGGAUUUGACUCUUCAGACGGAGCAAUCAAGAGACAAACCAGAGGAGAUGAACUACUUCAGCUCGCAGCAGCACUGCAGAGGAGAUUUUACU